UGCCACACCACCUCCAACUUGUCCAAUCCUCUCUGUACAACUGAAUGCAGUCCCUUUGAGCUUCGUAUCGGUACUCGUGACGUAAUAACGUCACGUAACGUGGUUACGCGUUUCACACUGCGGCUCCCUCACUGCGCAAAACGCGUCAUCACAUUACGUGACGUCAUUACGUCACAAGUGCCGAAACGAAGAUCCGCCCCCAAAGAAUUCCCAAGCACUGACAGCCCGAGGUAA